AAACAGCACAGAGAAGCCUAGAUUGCUUGCAGCCAUGGAUGGUCUUGCGAUGGCUAUGGAGGACGCCCAUAUUUGUCCACGCAGAGAACACAAUCCGCUGGCGCCUUCGAGGCCAGAAGUCUUGCACUGCUAUGGUGUUGACUUCCUCGCGAACAAAGAGGUGCUUGAAAUUUUUGCAGAGUGGAAGCCGCAGCAGGUGGAAUGGUUGGACGAUUCCUCCUGCAACGUCAUCUUGGAAAGUGAGGCUUAUGCUCAGAAGGCCAUCCAGGAGCUGGCAGCCGAGGCGAACGAGCCAUGGACACGCACGCGGCCAUUGUCAGCGGGCUCCAAGGAUGCCAAGAAGGGCAAGGCGAAGCGCGGUGGUCUCAAGGAGUUUUGCUUGCAGCUCCGAAUUGCCACUGAGGCAGACCGAAAAGACCCUGGCCACAGCGGACACACCGACUCAAUCUACUACGCUCACGUGAAGGAGCAACAAGCCCAGCAGAAGCAGGAGCUGGAGCUUCGGCGGAUGAAGAAGCGCCAGAGGCAAAUGACGCCCAGAAGACACCAGGAUCAGGAUCCUGGGAAAAGUGUGCAGACGGCGCAAAGUUCAGGUGACGUGCCGACUGACGUUGCACUUCCGCAGGCAGGCAACGAAAUCGCGGCAAAAGAGGCACCUGGCUUGCAGCAGGAGAAAUCAUCUGGACCAGCUCCAUCUAUCCUUUCUGCUCGCCUCACUUCUUGCGGUCUCUUGGAUCCGCUGCUCUUCAUGCGAGCAUCUUCCAAGACACAAGGUGGACCGGCCGAGAAAGAGAAGCCAGAGAAGGCUGCGUGCAGCUCAGAGCCGUCGGAUCUCAAGGCCAUGAUGAAGCGCGCCGAGGCGGAGUAUGCAGCAGUGCUGCCCGGUGCCAAGGGUGCAGCGAAAGGCGACCGCGGUCGCCCACAGCGCCCGGGUCGAGAGGCGGGAAAGGGUCGCGGCCGCGGCCGUGACAGCACGCCCGGCAGACCUGGAGGCCAGCAAAGGGGAAAGAAGCGAAGGCCCGUCGAGCAGGAGCCACGGCCCGUGAGCGAGGCAGCGCCGCCGCAGCGAAAGGCAGAGCUCUUUCCGGAGAUCGAAUCAUUCCUGCGCAAGAACGGGGUCAGAUACCGAAGGUAUGUGCUGCAGAGGUCCUUUAGGUCCAUCAAAUAUGCGCAACAAGAAGCGGCGAAAACUAGAGCCAUGGCUCAGAAGCAGGGAAAACCGGACGAGGCAAAAGCUAAAGCACAGUCCAAUUCACCUUGGGAGGAAUACAUGAAAGCCAAUGCCUCAUUCAUCUCUCACGGGAUUUUCAUGCAGACAGUUGCCUGGAAAGUGGAUGGACGGCGAGUCCUUAGCGUGGUGCCGCACUCCCAGAUGACGGACACGGAGAAGCUUGCAAAGGCAGUGCAGAAGCCUCUCUCUGCCGUGCAGCAGUGCAAGCUGAAAGACAUCUCCCAGGAGACCGGCUUUCCAGUCUUUGUGUGCCCUCCUUUCGGCUAUCCACCGGAUGCUGACGGGCGCCCGCCACUGCUUCUGGUCGACAGCUCGGUUACCGAGCUGAAGAGGCCCUUGCUCUUUGACUGUGGCUGCACGGGCCUUUGCCUCACAGUCUCCGAGUUUUUGCGCAGCACGCGGGCGGUUUGUGUGGAGGGCCUUGCCCAGCCGAUGCCCAACCAGAGCCAAGCGAUGCCGGAGAAGCUGAUUCUGCCCUGCUCCGGGGUGGCGUCGCCGGCGACGCCGGAGCCGGCGCCAGAGCCAGCACCAGUUGCUGGAGAAGGGGAUGCCAUGGUUGCAUAGUCUUAUGGGAGGCAGGAGAACCUGGCUUGAGUGAACGUUGAGGCACUCCCUGCGUUCUGUUGUUGACUGGUUCAUGACUCCUGGACUCAAGGCAGGUCAAUCUUUCAGCCCAGCCCAAUAUCGUAUGCACAAGC